AUGUCCAGUGACAGGUUCACCGUGACGGAGCAUGAGAUCUCCGGAUCACAUAUUCGAGAAUACCCCGGGACCACGAUCGAUCAAGAAGCUGUUCUGAAGCUUCAUAUUAAACAAUACACUCCGAAGAACCAGCCGUAUUCUGUUCCAAAAGAUGCUAUUACCUUCAUUGUCGCUCAUGGGUGCGCUCUGCCAAAGGAACUCUACGAACCGAUGUGGGAUGAGCUUCUGGAACAGCAUGGCUUUCAUAUCCGUGGAAUAUGGGUAGCCGACUGCGCGAAUAUGAAUGCUAGUGGCAUUCUCAACGAAGACAAGCUUAGUAUGGACGCCUCAUGGAUGGAUCAUCCACGCGACCUCUUCUUAAUGAUUAACCAAUUCCGAGACCAAAUGCCCCGUCCCCUCGUCGGAAUCGGGCACAGUUUUGGCGGAAAUGUUAUGUUUGUGAUACAUCAUGUUUACGCAUCGACCCGCAAGUACGCUAAUGAAUUUCCUAGUACAAAUCUCGCCUACAUGCACCCCCGCCUCUUCACGACCCUCCUGCUCAUUGAACCCGUUAUUCAGCUAACUCUACCCGCUAUGGGAUUCGGCACUGAUGCCCCCGGUGCAAUCAAUCACACCCUAUAUCGAGAUGAUGUCUGGCCAAGUCGAGAGGCAGCCGUACGAGCUAACCGUGCUUUUCUGGCUGGCUGGGAUCCUCGAUGCCUUGAGCGCAUGAUCAAAUACGGGUUUCGUGACCUCCCCACCGCUCUUUACCCGGAUGUCGAUGCGGUGAAGGCUCGAUUUAAUUCCGACGCUUCGGAGAGUUCCACAUCUACACCGGUCACUCUCACUACUUCAAAAUAUCAGGAUCUCGUAACGCAGAUUCGAGAGAACUUCUCUGCUCGCGAUCCGACUACUGGCCGAGUUAGCAUUCCCCGGUCUACCCAUGCGGAUCUCAAUCCGCUCGCCGCAUUUAUCCCAAUGUAUCGUCCCGAACCUACUAUGACUUUCCUCCGCUUACCUUCUCUUCGACCAUCCUGCUUGUGGGUGCUUGGUGGGUCCACUUAUCUCAAAAUCGAUGAGAUGAUGGAAGGUAUCAAGGUUUGUGGAACUGGUAUUGGAGGCAGUGGAGGUAUCCCUGAAAAUAAAGUCAAGGAAAUCAUUAUACCUGGCCUGACACAUUUAAUGCCGUUUCAGGAGGUGAAGAAGACUGUGGAGCCGUGCAGUAUCUGGCUAAGAGAGGAGAUGAAGAGGUACCGCAAGGCCGAGAAGGAUUGGGAGGAAUUGACAGCCGAAAGGAACCAUUUGAUGGUGGAAGAUGCCUGGUACAAGACUCUCAAACCAAUGCCUUCUAGGUGGAGCAAGAUCUAA